GCAGAUCUACAAGCCACAAGGUCAUAAGACCAGGAAAAUAUCCCACUUCUCCUGACAAGGACUUGUGUAACACACUGACAAGCUCUCUGUGCUCGGUGCUUUGCACUGUCACAGAACAGAAAGCUUGUGCUGGAACUAUUUUUAGCUUCCUUGUUGCACAGGGGACAGAGAAGAGUGAAGGACUGAGGCUGGGAGAUUGUAAACAGGGAAGCAGUAUGCAGACUGCUCACAGCAUCAAUAUGGAAGACGUGCUGGGGAGGAUGUAAACACUCACAGAUCCUCAACCAGGACACAAUAAGACAUUCCUACAGGGAUGGUGAAGGUCCUAUUUAAUCAUGCAUGUACAGAGUGUUCGUGUUGACUCUUCACUUUGAUCAGCUGAUAUGCAUUCUUCCUAACUGACUGAUAAUGCAUCAUUAAUGAUAAAGUAGGCAAGCAAUGGAAGCACUGGAAGUGGAUGAUAUCAGUCCAGCACUAGAGGUCACAGAGGAUUUUUUCAACUCUUUUGAAAAACUAGAGCAUGGUAACCAUCAGUCUGAAGUCUUUGGAAUUCAUGAAGCUCCAGAACUGUUAGGAAAUGACAUAUCCAGUAAAAUCAAGCAGGAGGUUGAUGGGCAAAAUGCAAACACCUCAAAACGUAGCAUUAUUUGGGAGAGAUGUAAAAGCAGUCUCUUUGAUGCCAAAGCAAAGAAUGGGAUCCAUGCCAAAGAACAUUUUUCAUCAACUAGGAGAACAUUUCCUGACAUACCUUUGUUGGCAGGACAGGAAAAAGACUCCUCCGCUUAUAACUUAUUCAGUGCAUGUCACCGUAGACGUGACAGACCUCAGUCAGUUAACGACACAGUGGGCAUUGCUGAAGAUACUUCAAAAUUUAGACCAGGUCACAACAGGUCACGGUCUGAUGUCAGUCAUAUAGACUGGACAAAUAUACGCAAGUCCGCACCUUUGCAACGCUCAUCAAGCCAAGGGGUACACUUCGCCAGAGACAUUGAAGGAAAUACAGAACACAUGUUGCCAAAUAUUCUCAAAAAGGGAUUCCUGGAGACUCGAAAAACUCAAGAAAGCUUUUGGAAGAAUUGUUAUGCUGAGAUAUCUCAGUACAAACUGCACAUCUAUGGUACUGAUAGCAGUGGUAAUCACAAUGCCAUCACUUCUUAUCCUCUUGCUAAUAUAGAAAGCAUCACCAUUACUGGAAGCCAUGAAACCAAACUAGUUGAAGUAUUAAUGUCAGAUAACAGUCAAUUGCAACUGAAAGCAGAUUCUGCUUGGGAGGCCUUGGACUGGGGGCAGAAGUUAUGGGAGGGAGUACGUGCCUUGACUUUAGUUUCAGAUUAUAUGAGCAAUCAACAUGAUGUCAUAACAAGGUCUAAAAAUGUGGCUGACAACAAUUGUGACUAUUUAGAAAAUCAAAGCUUGUCAAACAAGCUUACAGAGCUUUCAAGAGCCAUGAACUUGACCAAUGGUCACCACAAAAACACACUGAAAACAGGGACCCUUUAUCGAUUAACAAUCCAUAACAACUGGAAGGCCUUCAUUUUUGUUCUAUCCACUUCACACCUAACGGCGUAUCAGUCUAGUUGCCUGGAUGAGGAUCCAUUACUUAGUUAUAACGUUAAUCUUUGUGCAUCUGUCCAGAUGGACACUCUUGAUGGGUACGAUUCUUGUUUUCAAGUAAUUUUUCCUCAAGAUGUUCUUCGGCUUCGAACUGAAACCCGCCAGAAAGCUCAAGAAUGGAUGGAUGCCAUUAUAUCUGCUGCUAAUGCUGCUCAACAACAAGAUCAGCAUCUGCUUGUGCCUCUUAGGAACACACCCAAAGAACAUCCAUCACUUAGGGAGCUGCAGAGGAACAAGCGCCAGUCUGUAACCUCAAGUUUCCUUGGUAUCUUGACAACAUUAGCUUUGGAGAGAGGUCUCACUGCUCAAAGCUUCAAGUGUGCAGGUUGUCAAAGACCCAUAGGUCUUUCCAAUGGGAAAGCAAAAGUAUGCAGUUAUAGCGGCUGGUAUUACUGUAGUACCUGCCAUGUGGACGAUGGCUUCAUUAUACCUGCCCGUCUUGUUCACAAUUGGGACACUUCCAAGCACAAGGUAUCCAAGCAAGCAAAAGAGUUCUUGGAAUAUGUCUAUGAAGAGCCAUUGAUUGACGUGCAGCAGGAGAACCCACUACUCUACAGGCAUGUUGAUGCAUUGGCUCAAGUUGUGCGUUUGAGACAGCAGUUGAAGUCACUCCGGGCUUAUCUUUUUAGUUGCCGAGCAGUGGUGGCCGAAGACCUACGUAGAAGAAUUUUUCCCCGGGAAUAUCUUUUUCAACAGAUUCACCUAUAUUCUCUAGCAGACCUACAACAGGUUGUUGAAGGCAAGUUGGCGCCCUUUCUCAUGAAGGUGAUCAAGUUUGCCACAUCCCAUGUGUACAGCUGCAGCCUCUGUAGUCAGAAAGGCUUCAUCUGUGAAAUAUGCAACAAUGGAGAGAUCUUGUAUCCCUUUGAGGAGAAUUCUACAAGCAGGUGUGAAAAUUGUGGCGCUGUCUUCCACACUGAGUGCAAAGUGAAAACUGUCCCCUGCCAAAGAUGUGUGCGCAAGGAGCUGCAGAAGAAACAGAAGUCGUUCUGGAAAAGGCUGAAUGUGGAUGACAGCUUGGAAGAGUCCUGCAGUAUGUUUGAGCUGUCUUAUCAGAGCACGUGACCAGUGCAGUCCUAAGUCAUUGCAGUUGAUUUGCCUUUCCUGCUGCUAGUCAAGCCAGUUUCUUGAGUAGAAAUCAUUUAGGAAGUAAUAGUUGAUACCUGGUAACAUGUUGCAAAGGAAGCACUCAGCUAGCUAUUAGUUUACUUAUUACUCUUCCCUUUACUCAAUGUUCUAAGCACUAUAAUGACAACUUUACCUUACCCCAACACUAAAAUAGGAACAUGUACCGUAAUAGAAGAUAUCCCUAUUUCCUUGCAUGUGUCUAUUAUUUAUUCAGGUUCUAUCUAAUGCAAUUUGAGUCAUUUAAAAUGGGAAGGUGCAAUGUUAUUCAUUUUAUAAUGCAUGCACAUAUGGGAAACUCUGUCCCCAUGUGUAACCUUGUUCACUGCCACUCUCAGUUCUUAUGUUAUGAUCUUUGCAAAGAUCCCUGGGUGGGGGGGUGUGAGGGGAGGGACUUACUAAAACCGAAGCGGCCAUUCGUAAUAACCAAUCAGCUUCUACCUUCAGCCUUUUUUAGGUAAACUUUGAAAAUGAAAGCUAGAAGCUGAUUGGCUGCUCCAGUCUUAUUUCUUCUCUUUGUACCUGACAUGAAAAAUCUCAACUGUUGCUUUUUUGUGCUUAUCAUUAUUCACUGUUUAAAAGGAGCCUGUAUUAAGGAAAUUAUGGGGGCUACCAUUGCUGACCUUUUUU